CUCUACCUUGCUACGAAUUCUUCCGCCCAGCAACCGUCAGCUGCAAACAUGGCAAACGCUCUCGAAGGCUGCGUUUCCUCGCUGCGCUCCAGCAUGCAAUUGCUGGAUUCUUCCAUCUCCAUCCUCGACUCUGGCGUCAACGACCUUCCCCGCCUCUCCAAGGUCCUGCAAACUACAAGGCAUUUCGAGCUCAUCUCCGAACCGGACCUGCACACUGCCCAACGGGCACUCCUCUCCGAAAUCCGCCCCGAAGUCGACAAUCUCCUCGCGCGCGUCUCCAACUACCUUGACAAGCUCGAGCGCCGCGAGCAAUCUUUGAUCGCCAAGUGCGAGCUCAACGAGGGCCGGUUGAACCAGUAUGAGGCGCCCGCCGCGUCGUCCGGGCGCGCCUCGGCAGCGGGCUCACGGAGCGCCAGCAGGGCGGGCCAAGGACGUGGAUUGACUGGCCUCGAGGAGCUCAAGGUCAAGCAGCUCCGACAGAAGAAGGAGAGGCUGAGCUAUGCGGUUGAUCGCUUGAACCUGCAAGCGCAGCAGAGGCAGAGGCAGUUGCGCAUGAGCAUGGCGGCUCCGCAGCAGUUCCGGUACGAUGACGAGUUUUGAAUAUGAAUACGGGCUUUCUUUGGCUUUGGAGUUGGGCUAGGACCGGUUGAUACCCUUGUUUUGGUGUUGAGUGGCCACAUCCGCUCUCUUGAAGAGAUGGGGAAUUGUACAGAGCUGCGAUGGAAUUGGCAACCGCUCGCGCCGCCGCUUGUGGUGGCAUUCGUCGCAAUAACCCGAAAUCUAUCUUUCGUUUCUAUAAAGACAAACACGCACAGCAAUUGCCAUGGUAGCAUCAUAUCAACGAGA